AUGAAGGUGUCUAUUGAAAAGCAUGAUAGCUUAUCUUGCUUGGCAGAGCCUCCACCCAAGUAUGUUUAUGACAAGUCCGAGCAGCUCCAAGUGCCCCUGACGCUUGACACUUCCCAGAGGCUUUCGCAUCAGCUGACAACCGCAGUCGUCAAGAUUUUGCUCGAGGAAGGGCUUGGCUACCAGAACGUAACUAUUAUAAAGUACGAAGAGGAUUCAUUCAAUUCAGAAAUUGCGCUGAGUCGACUAAAAUCCCCCCACAAGUACAAAAGCAAGCCCCCGAAGGCCAUGAUCAACUUGGAGGUGUGGCUGCCGCCGAGGUUCCUGGAGGAGGACAACAUCGUCAAGAUGGACUGCGGCUCCCACGCCUCCGGCAGCAGAUUCGGAUGGUACAUCUCGAACAACAGCUACACUCAGACUGAGCAGAUCAUGGACCACUGGCGUUCCUUCCAGCGCGUGGAUGUUGUCCGAAUAUUUGAACUCACGCAAGAAGAAGACACCACUCUGCAGAGAGAUUUCACGAAAUCAGGAGACAAAUACUUCUGCCAGCAUCCUAACUGUACUGAUGGAAUUUUUACACCACCGAUUUGCCGGGAGGGACCAUGUGCCACACUGCUUGUCGGUGACUAUAAUGAUUUUUCUGCAUUUCUUGUGGAUCAGGUGAUAGACCAGCACAUGCGAGUCCGCGUGGCCUGGAUUGGCCCCAAUCUCAACCAUCAGUUCCUGUGCAAUUUCCGAAGUCCCAAACCGCUGAUGUUUUUUGACUGGUGGCCAAAUCAGCUCUCAAAUUUAGAAGAGUUUAUGCCAGUAUCAUUUCCACCUUGCAGUAGCUACAAAGGGAUGAAUUCGUCGUAUUUAUGUAAUUAUGAAUUACAUUCUUUGAAGAAAAUGAUAUGGAGAAAUUUACCUGAGACUGCAAAAGUAGCUGUGGAGCUUGUGAAGCGGUUUUAUCUGAGUGAGGAAGACUACAGAGAACUACUGAGUCUCUACACAAACAUGACGUCGACGUGUGGUCGGAAUGCCUCCUUGAUUACAAAAUCACAGAGUGAAAUUAUCGAAGACGUCGCAUGCCAGUGGCUGCAGCGAUCACACAGCAAUGGGACGGAAGUUUGGGUAGACUGGCUGCCGCACGAUUACGCUGCCAAGACGGUUCUCUGGAUCGGAGGAAUCUUCCCCGUGAACUCGAAGAAAAACAAUGGAUUUACAAGCGCAACGCUCCUCAGGGCCGCGUACAUGGCGACGGACCGAGUGAACAAUAAUUCCGAGAUCCUGCAGGACUAUGACAUCAAGCUAAUGGUUCAGAACGGCGGCUGCAAGAGUGAGUACGUCCUGGCGUCGUUCAUCCACUACGUUCGCAGCGAGACGGGAAGCUCCCCCCUCGAGCAAAUGAUCGGAAUUCUAGGUCCUGCCUGUUCGGACACCGUGGAGCCUCUGGCCGGAGUCGCGAAGCACUUCUUCACUGUGGUUCUGUCCUACAGUGCCGAAGGCGCAAUAUUUAAUGACCGUGAGAAAUAUCCGUAUUUCUUCCGGACUAUCCCGGAAAACAAGAUGUAUGGAUCCGUGUACUCGGAGUUAUUCAAGUUGUUUGGGUGGAAACAGGUGGCAUCCCUUACUGAAGACUGCAACAAGUACAGUGAAUAUCUGACUCUGCUGCAGAACAUGUUGCCCAAGGGAGUUAAUCUAGUCAAUCGCAAGUUUCCACGCGCAGCCAAUAGGAACAUGACAGAUCACUUAUUAAAGCUAAAGGACAAGAAUUUGAAGAUCAUCAUAGCUGACUUCUACGCCGGCACCGCGAGGGAGGUUCUGUGCGAGGCCUACCACCUCAACAUGACGGCCAAGAACGACUACGUCUGGUUUCUGCCGAGGUGGUUCGCGAGCAACUGGUACGACACGGAGUACUACGCCAAGGACGAUGCAAAGAAAAUUCCCUGCAACAAAUCUAUGAUGAUUGAGGCAGUGGACCGGCACAUGGCCCUCGGCUACGCCUACUACGCCCACGACGACUUCAAGUACCACGAGGGCAAGACGGUAGGCGAGUGGCGGGAGGAAUACAAAGCUGUUUACCUGAAUCACAGUCAGAGUUUAACGGCGGACUACGCGGGCUACACCUACGACGCCGUCUGGACGUACGCCUUCGCACUGGACAAGCUGCUGAAGGAAGACAAGACGCACGUGUCGAACCUCCACAGUCCGAGAACAAACAAACGCUUUGUGGAAAUCAUUUCGCAGACGGAAUUCGAUGGCGUCUCGGGACACAUCAACUUCAAGGACGGACCGUCUCGCGAUGCCACUAUAAAUAUCAUGCAGUAUGUUUUCGACUACACCACCAUGACAGGGCAAUACAAGACGGUGGGCACCUUCACCAGCAAUGAUUCAGAGAAUAAAAUACUGAACAUGGAUCAGCAGAAUACGGAGUUCUUCAACGGUAUCCCCGGCGACGGCUCGCUGCCCAACUCCUGUCUGUUCGAAACCUUCAGGCAGAUCCUGGACGUGCGGUGCGAGGUCGCCAUCGUCAUUGUCAUGGUCCUCAUAUUUGCGGUGUUUGCCAUGAUACUGAUCGGGCUGUUCAUUGUCUACAAAAAGCGGUUUGAGAAGAUGUUGCCCGAGCAGCCGGCCUGGCCGCUCGGAGAACUGAUGUCCCUGGACGAGUGGGAACUUCCUCGAGAAAAGGUUGUGAUUAACCGCACCAUUGGCGAGGGCGCCUUUGGCACCGUGUUCGGAGGUGAGUGCCAGUUUGGGGAGAACUCCCCCUGGCUGGCAGUGGCAGUCAAGACGCUGAAGGUGGGGUCGACAGUUGAGGAGAAGCUAGACUUCUUGGGCGAAGCGGAAAUGAUGUUGCCACGUGACGCGCCCACGCUUGACGCCCCACGCUCGCGAACCCAAGCGAGGCUGCCCUCAUCGGAUAUAAGGGACUGCACACAUUUUGAGAAACCCAAAGAAAAAUUGAAAGAUAAAGUGGUUUUCAACAAAGUUCCUCAGUGCCAGUCUCAAGCAGUUAACAUUGAAGGCCAGGAAAAGCUUCUUCGGAAAUAUGACAGGGUGAAAAAUAGUACGUUAAGUUUGCCUCUACGCCAUAAAGACUGGUUUUCGGUGUGGCACCAGAGAAGUUGCCAUAGGGUAAAAUAG